AUGUUCCGCCGUCUUGCCCUCACUUGUGCCGCUUUGCUCAGUGUUGUGUCUGCACAGUUGACCAUCACGUCUCCCGGUGCCAAUGACUGGUGGGUCGCGUCGUCGGUGAACACACUCGCGUGGUCGUGCUCGACUUCUCCGUAUCUAAACUUCACCAUUCUUCUCGCCAACUCGAACCUCUCUGUUCUCCCUGCACCCCUUGCCAUCAUCGCCGUUCAGGAAAACUUUGACUGUUCCGAAUCCAUCACCCAGCAGCAAUCCGCGCAGCCCGCUGGCUCCGGCUACGUUAUUCAGUUUGCCAGCACUUUGAACGAGACUGACAUCUAUGCCGAAAGCCAGCCUUUCGAAAUCAAGGCUCUCGGCUCGUCUUAUCCCACCACCACCAGCAGCGCAGGCAGUACUUCUACCGGGAGUGCUUCCGCUGGGGCUGCACAAGCCACCAAAACUGGUGGUGCCCUCGCGGAAUAUGUUCCUGUAGGCAUGAGCAUGGUCGCUGCUCUUGCUCUUGGCUUGGUUGUCGCAUAA